ACUGCGGACGAGGCUGGAGUAGCAAUGGCAGUGGCUGCAUGAACGUGCCCCUCCAUUCAUGUGAUGUGCUUCAACUGCCGGAUUGGGGAAAGCCGGCCCGAAGCUCAGCCUUGUCGGGGCCUUCUCAAUGAUGCUCAUCCAGCCUUCUUCCUUCUUCCUUCAACCUCCCCCCUCCAGCAGAGACUGCUUCCUAUCUAUCAUCAACUUUGUGGUGGGACGGGGCACUGAGAUGUUGGGAACUUGCGGCAUUCAACACGAGCCUUGAUGUCUUUGUAUCGCGGCUGGGAUCGAGAGGCAAUGGUGGAGCCAAGGAGUGUGGAGAGUGAAUCAACAAUGUCGGGACCAUCUGUAUCAUCCUUUACCCCCAUCAAUCCUACUCGAGCCCGUGUUCGGUUCGUCGAUCCCCAGAGGACCCUUCAUGAAAUUGGACUUAUUGACGAUACCUCUUUCUUGCAUACAAUUGAAAGUGCACCUGAUUUCCAGGGACAAAGGGGAAAGAAAAGAGGCGUAACAAACGCGGAAAACGGCAGAGCUGUUUCAAUUGGGCGAGUCUGGGAGUACAGGGACGAAGGCGACGUGGCAGCUCAGAAUCAAGGUCCAGACUUUGAAUCAUCAUUUCCCAAGAGACGAAAAGUGGCGCCUGCCAAACGUACCAAGACUACCCUAAGAGAGUCAAAGAAUCAGCAAGAAGCCUUGAAGCUAGACAACCCGUCUCAGGUUUCACUUACUCAAUAUCACAAGGACGAGAAGUGUUCGCAAUUGACAACUACUUCCGAUUCUAGCAAGUGGGGGACCAAGGAGGCAGUACCAAAUCCCCGAAAACAAAAAUUCCCAACGGGCCCCUUUCGCGACCCCGUCAUAACAAAGCCUUCUCUACCUCGCCAGACAUCUCAUGACGAGAAAUCCAUUAUGUCGAAGCCCGUUACGAUCCAUCAAGGCUGGACGAGCACAGAAGAGGUAGUGAAAACAAAGUUUAAUGGCAUCUCAAAGACAACUCUCGACAAGUUAGCUACGUUCAGAUACAAUCCAUGCACAGAAACUCAAGCCGGACUGCCUGCUUCUAGAAGCGGAAGUCUCCAGUUGGCUGAUAACUCUGUCGGGGGGGCCGAAGAAGCACAGCUCGCUAGUGAGUAUGGUUGCCAUUCAAUCAACGAGCCUACCUUCAACGAAGGCGACCUGGAUGGUCAAGAACAUAAUGCUGAGCCAGCAAAAUGCCACGUUCCGCAGUCACAGGGAGCGGCGUGGACCUCUGGUCAACUUCAUGAAGAGGAUGAGUUCUUCAGCGAUGCUAUUUGGAAUGUAAAUGUGAGAUACAAUGGCAAUGAGAAUGCGUAUUCAGCCAGCCAGCCAACGGACCUCCCCCAGAACGUACUUAUCAACGAUCCAGCCAUUUGCUUUACCAGUGGACUUACAACUCCUCUGCUCAUAGCUCCUGAGGCUCCUGGAGCUGGUUCGGAGCCUUCACAGAACGGUUUCGACUGUGACGAUCUUUCUACAAGUGAAGUAAAAGAGCCGACAGAAAUGCCGGCCUAUGUUGAUAUCUACUACCAACGAAGUGAUCUUAUGGCACCUGCACUUGUCCACCCGCCGAAAUCCUCUGAUCUAGCUACUACUAAGCACAGUCCUGAAUAUGGCAAAAUGCUAAGUGGCUCCCAACACAAUCAUGGAGGCUUGCCCGAUCCUGUGCAAGAUAUACAAGCAAAUGGCGUAUGCCAACUUCGUCAACAGACUCAAACUGCGACUGAACCCACACAGUCCAAAUUUUCGUGCCCUACGCACGCUGUGGAUGCCCAGGUUGAGCGAUCUGAUCUUGAUGACCCUCAGACGACACCUAGAGACGUAAUCAACGACUUCAACCUUGAUGAAUUCGAUAACGAGGGUGUUGAUGACGCAGACUUGCUCGCCAUUGCGUCUGAGGCAGCUAUACCAGAAACACAGCGAAUUGAGACACAGUCAGUUCACAGAAGCCCUGUCAGCGCGCCAUUGAAUGUAUACCUCCAUGUCAGCAGCUGUGCAAUCCGACAUACCACAAGCGUUGCUGGAGACGAGCAAGUUAUCAAGGAUGUAACCCCAACGUCACCCGUGAUAUUCUCCGACGACGAGUUCCCACUGGAAGAAGGGCUUGAUGAGGAGGAUAUGAUCUGCUUACCCACGCAUGUUCAAGGCGUCCUCGAGACCUUUGAAGCUCCUCCGAGCCUCGAGUACUCUUUUGCUAAUUGCUCUAUGUCAGGGGAAGUAUAUGACAAAUCUCUUCAAUUCUCUCCUCCCAAAUCACGGCCAACAUCUGUAAUCCCAGGGAAUGUAGAAGGCGGGUCUUUUGCUGACGGGCACAGUCCCUUCAAAGUACAGCAUGUCGAGGAACUAGGAUCAGAUCCUGUUGAGAAAGAAGACUGGUCUUUUAUCAGGUCGAAUGACAACAUGGGAAAAUCUACCGUACCAAUGCUGUCAAAUCCCAUGUCAGAUCAAGAGAACGCGAUUGCAGACAAGAUGACGAAGCAUGCCAUACCUUUGGGGCCUCGAAAUCUGCACAAGCGCUCGGCUUACACCAAACUUCAGGCUGUCACUCACUCAUCAAUCAUUGAAGAAGUCACGCUAGAUGAUCGUCACGACUACUUACCUUUGCAGCCAUUCGCUCGCCCCGAUUUUCCUUCCUUGGUUCUCGAUCGAUGCCCAAUCGUUGGAGUUUCGGCUCAGAGCUUUCUUCGCGUCUGCUUUCGAGUUGGUGAAAUGUUCAGAGAGGGUGCGAGAUGCCAUGCUCUGAAGCAUGAUGCUGUCGUCGAAUUCUUUGCACGGAUCACAUUCUCAUCUCGCGAGCCUAGUACUACCAAGCAGCACUUUCAGCUUGCAGAUCUUUGGCAUGACCGCCCUCCCUUCCCGACUGGUAUCUUAGCCAACUACAAAACCUCAGGACUUGCAGAAAGUGAGAGCCGUGCCUUCAUUGGAGCUGAAAAGAACUUGAUGGCCAGGUGCAUCGGAAGGUUGAGAAGAGAUACUAAUAACUCCACUGGCUGGUCGAUUGACAUCAUCAAUAUUAGACCUACAGACUGGGAGGAAAUCGGAUGGACGAAGAGAAUCGUAAGUGCAGGUCUUGUUAAAUCAGAGAAGGGGGCAAUCUGAACGGCCAGGGUACGGAGGAUCUCAAAUGACUGGAGUGUCUUGCUAUUGCUAUCACACAUCUUGCUAGCCAUAUGGCUGAACUGACAUCUAGGUACAACUAACCUGAGUUCUGAUACCUACCACAUCCAUCUUACAUUAGCUCCUCUAGCCAUCACACCUAGCUAGCCCUAUCAGACUGAAUAAAUGCUACAAGUCCCUAGCCAAAAGAAACUCCUAAGACCCAAAGGCAAAUGUGCCUGGCGUGAAAUCAGCUCACCUUCUAAAACGCCAUCCCUGACCCCUAAUCCAUUUCUCCCUCAUGACUGAUUCGCAUUAUUCAACUCUCCGUCAUUCGAUCCAGGCGGGUACUGUUUCUUCGAGCCCGCCUCCGCAACCGAUACAAUCGUCAAGCAAACCAUAAACAGAAUAAGACACAGCAGCAACGGACCCUUGUUCUUCUGCCGCCCAUCACUCUUACUCCUAAACGUAACACAGCAGUUCGUGCCCUUACCAGCCGUCAAAGCCCUCUCCAGAUCAGGCGACGCAUCCGUGAAUGUCACGCAGCAGUUAUCUCUCUCUUUUCUCCCCUCAACGCCGGACCCAUUGUCGCUUCCACUUCCAUUGCCGUUCCUAUUCCCGUUUUGAUCUUUCUCCAUCAGCAAUCGUCCAAUACUCUCCUCCAACCACUCAAUCCUCUGCUUUAGCCCUGUAAUGGUAGCAAGCGCAUCGUUCGACGUGCCGAUUGUGUUGGUGUUCGUGGUGUCCCCGCCGAACGUGGAGGGCGCGACACCCCAUAACUCGGCGUAUGAUGGAGCGGAGGACUCGUUGUGCGAGUGGUGCGAGGCAUAGGUGGUUGUGCUGGGAGUUGGGCGGGGUGUUCCUGGUGAGGAGUGUGUGUGGAAGCUGGGAGGGGGUGAGUUGGGUAUUGAGGGAGGUGCUGGAGGACCGCCAGCGAUAGAGGGUUCGUAGCGGGAGGAUGCGACGCUGUUGGCUAGGCCUGAGUUGUAGCUAGGAAUUGUUGUUAGUAGGGUGUCUUGAGAAUAGCAAAGAGACUUGUGUUGCGUGUUAGGAGGUAGUCAAGUGGAGGUUGGAGCUUGUGGUUGUGGUUGAAGAGUCCAAUGUGGGGGGUACAGAAUUGAAGAACAACUGGACUGCGACAACCCUUACUUGUAAUGUGGAGAGCCAUGAAUGCUUUCCAGGAUAAUGGUUUCGUCUCUUUGAGGCACCUAGAUAUUGUAUUAGGCAUCAUAUUCUUUCUGUCUUCUUGCUUCGUCUUCUCUCCUGAGCCAAUUCCUCCAUAUCCACAUCUCAAAGUCCGCGCUUCAGGCAACCAUUUUUUGUACCAAGCAAAACAGCAACUUACGGGCUCAUAUCGUGUACGACUCAUCUUGAGCUCAGAUAUCUCUCUAUCACUGAAUGAGAAUAAAGAAGAGACGAACAAACAGUGUACUAAUUGUAUGGACGGACAGAUGUCAUGCAAAGCAAAUGGCUGAGGCAGAGAAUCAAUAGAAGUGGACCUGGAGAUACGGAGUGCAGUGAUGCGUGAUGAAUACGAGUAGAGCGAGAUGGGAUUCGAUCAGGCCGAGGAUUAUGUUUCGCCGCGUCAGCAGUAGCUUCAGCCCUUCAAGCCCGCAGACUGCACCGUCCAAUUGUGUGGCCGGGCUG